AUGGAGUCCGAGCGGAAGGCAGUCUACUGCACGCUGUUGCUGAGUGACAACUACUUGCCGGGGGCUAUGAUCCUGGCGCAUUCCUUGCGCGACAAUGGCACGAAUGCAAAAUUGGUCGUCCUCUACACGCCAGACACAUUACGGUCCGCCACGGUCAUCGAACUACAGACUGUCUAUGAUGAGCUGAUCCCAGUGCACAAACUUGUAAACGGCACUCCUGCAAAUCUAUGGCUCAUGGAUCGACCCGACCUAAUUGCCACAUUCACCAAGAUCGAGCUCUGGCGUCAGACCCAAUUCGACCAAGUUGUCUACAUCGAUUGCGACAUCUUGGCCGUGAGAGCUCCGGACGAGCUGUUAUCCCUGGAUGUAGACUUUGCGGCCGCGCCAGACGUGGGCUGGCCGGAUAUCUUCAACAGUGGACUCAUGGUUCUCCGACCUAAUAUGCAAGACUACUAUGCAUUGAAGGCGCUUGCUGAGCGAGGCAUCAGCUUUGAUGGAGCUGAUCAGGGCCUGCUGAAUAUGCAUUUCCGUGACUGGCAUAGGCUAAGCUUUACGUACAAUUGCACACCCAGCGCCAACUAUCAGUAUAUCCCCGCGUACAAGCAUUUCCAGAGUACUAUCAGCUUGAUCCAUUUCAUUGGGUCGCAGAAGCCCUGGAACUUGCCAAGGCAGGUGGUGCCGCAGGAGUCGCCUUACAAUCAGCUGCUUGGGAAAUGGUGGGCUGUGUACGAUCAACAUUACCGUCCGCCUUUUGUAUCAAUCCCCCAUCCCCCAUCACAGCACAAACAAACAACGUAUCAUGCGGAAGCUCCGACUCACGAGCAAUGGCCAGAGCCUUAUCACAUUCACCAUGCCGAAGAGCAUGCACCUGUAAGCUUCCACUACGAAGAAGACCACCGGGAUGAAGGUGUACCACCGUUGGUAUCGGUAGUGCACGAACAGCCUCAGGCUUGGCAGCCAUCUCAUGAUCCGGAGCAGGCCCCAGCUACCGCAGUGGCGGUGCCGAUCCUGAGUGCAGUUCCGCAAUAUGUGCGUGGAGAAGAGCAUGUCUCGACCUAUAUUCCUCCCUUGCCCCAUAUGCCUGCCUCUGUCUUCGCCCCCCAGCAGAGACAUGAAGAACAGCCUCAAGCUCCACAGGAGCAGCACCAGCAGGAACAUCAUCAUCAGGAACACCAGCAGGAACAUCAACAAUCCGAUGAUGCGGGUCAUCUCUACCAACCGCAGCCUAUCGCGCCCACGCCGCCGCUCACCCAGCUGGAACAGCCGCUUCGUUCUUCAUCUCCGGAGCCCGCGACCUUCGAGGCACCAAAGGCAGAAUGGGAUGCUUCACGGGCCACCCCCCUUGAAUUCAAGACCCGAGGGAAUCAGUUUACAAGAGAAGACAUACUCUAUGUCCGAAGAUACGAAUCUGUUCCAACCCCCCCGUCCUACCCUGAAGCCCCAAAGAACAUGUACUACCAGGUUCCCGCGAAGAAGCCGGAGCCGCAGAAGCUCACCAAGCUAUUCCCCUGGGAGAGCCACGCUCCGGCACCUACUCGUGUCUUUGCACAGGAGCAGUUCGUCCCCACCGUCUUACCCGAAGAGCAACCAACCCCAACCCAGGUCAAGGAAUCCAGCCCAUCCCCACAAACGCCCACGCAACGAGCCAUGUACGAGCCCUCCGCCGAGUCCUGGGACUCCUACACACGCUCGAAUGCCUGGGACGAAGACCCGCAUAUCCAAAAAUACAUGGAAUCAAUGCAAAGUGUCCGUCAAGGACGCACCCAAGUAAUCUCCGGCUCCAGCCAGUCCAGCACGACGCAGGACUCUCCACCCAGCAGCCUUAGUGAGCACAGACCCAGCAUCAAGCUAACCGACUUCCCCACGGAGAUUGAGCGGCCCAGCCUUCCCGUAACGCCUGCGCCGAUCCAGCGGGGGGCCAACGGAGACGAAGCCUCGUCCGAGACCACCCUGCCAACCGCCGAGGGUGUACCGGACCAGGAGGAAUGGGUGGGUGUCACGGUUGAUGCGUUUUCACUUAUCCUCGGAGCAACGUACUUAUUCUGGCAAUCUACAGAAUCCCCUGGCUCGACUGGAAGAGCUGCGCCGACGACAGUCCGCUGUUUUGGAGAAUCCAGAGCAUUUGCUGAGUCGACUUUCUCAGGAUCCAGCCUCUUCCGGGCGUGA